AUACCCGAAACGGAAAAAAAGUCCCUGGCGAUAAGAACGAAUUUGGCGGGGUUCUGCCGCGCGAUAGAUCUUAUCAUUCAUCCCAAUUCAUGAUACAUACAUAAAUAUAUGAUUGUAUUGAAAGAUCAAUAUGUUUGAUUCCGAGUCAGUUCAAAAAUUCACAUCUAGAUUCCCUUCGCUUUCAUUUUCAAGACUGAAUUAUCGCGAAAAUGGGUGAGACGAAUUGGGAUGGCUUCAAGCUAUGGACCAAAUCUACCUGCGAGCGACUCAGCACCUCAGAAGCCGCUCGAGUUGUCAACGACAAGUCUAAGAUUUUGUUUUAUGGUGCGGGAUUAGUCUGCCUUGCAGUAUGGUUAUUGAUACGAGCUGCAACGAUGUUCAAGAAACCGAGAUAUGCCAGGCCGAGAACACCUGAUCUGGAGAAGCCGACUUUCAAGAACGGUAAAGCACAGAGACCUUUAGGAGUGUGGGAGCCUAUGCAGUUCAAACGCCCAACAGCAGUUCCUUUUCCUGAUUGGGAUGUGCAGCAAACGAAGCCAAAUCCAUACCGUCCAUUUCGCUAUGGAGCAUAUCACAUUACUAUGGGUUUACGCAACAUGGACUGGAAUGAAUGGAUAGAAUUGGAUAACCAAUAUAUGAAAUUCCAUGACGACAAAGCUAAACGUAUUAUUGAACGUGGCGCUAGAUCUUGCUAUACCGAUCCCUCAGCGUUUGAUGGUGCUGUUGAGCUGCUUGAAGAGCUUUGCGCGUAUCUUCCAGAACGUUACCCCACACUUUACAAACGCACUCCAGUUGGCAUGGACAAUCUUCUCACUAACGAAUCAUUCAAUAUUGUUGAAAGGCCACUUGCAGAGGAUCCAAUGCAGAUGGCAGCCCGCUUCACGCAAGAUGAUUUGGCAAUCAUGUUUGAGAAGGAAGAUGGACAGUACUAUCUUCUUGCUGGCGCGAUUUUACUCGCCGGAUUUUGGCGUUUGGAGGAUAAAUUAGGCAUGCCGUUGAGCGAAAUACACACUUCUGGUGACGUUCCAGGGUACCAAGCGAAGUUAGAGAAGGGAAUGAUGAACUUUUUCCGCAGAGUUCAGCCCAAUGGACCCGUGCAGCGUAACAACUAUUUCAUUCAAGUAGAUGAUCAACUUGCAUGGUCAUCAAGCAUUGGUCCGGAAACUGGAGCGCCCGGUACUGUAAGUUGGGACACUGCGGAGAAAAAUAAAGCCGUUGAGCAUCAUUGGUUUCGUUCCGAACGGCAGUCAUUAAGGAGACUACCGAGAUCUGGCGGUGUGGUGUUUACUAUCAGAACAUACUUCCAUCCAAUUACGGAGAUAUGCGAAGAGCCGUAUGUACCGGGCAGAUUGGCAAGUGCUGUGAGGAGCUGGGGUGAAGAUGUUAGUAAGUACAAGGGAAAGGAGAAGUAUGGUGAGGUACUAUUGGAGUAUUUGGAUAAGAAACAUAAGGAGCAAGUCGAAGCGGGCCUUGAUUUGGAGAAAGAGGAAGAAGUCAGAGCGUAUCCUUAUUAACGUACGUUUUUGGACACUAGAUGCUUGAAAUUAUGCACGGUUUUGGAGGCUGCGUGUUGAGCCUUGCUUUCUCAUUCUGUUGAGUCAGAGUCAGCCUAGUAGCGUUUGAUAUAAUAUUACGAUUUUACGAAUUUCACAAGAGAAAAGUUGUCACUACACCCGAAAACAUGGCUGCUAGUACAAACGAAUAUACUUCACCACUGGAUCAUGCAUAUCUCACAUAUUCUCGCG